AUGGACGUCGUCGCUGCAGUGUCCGGGUACAUCUCCAAGAUGGUCACGACGGGGGAUUCGUCAUCAGUGUCGGGAUCUUCAUCGUCAACCAAGAUGAAGAUCUUGCUCCUCGACAGUGAGACAGUGGGAUCUGCGUUCUACUGCUGGGUGCGGUUGAAACUUAUGCCAAUCGUUUCGACGGCCAUCACCCAAUCCGCCCUUUUGAAUCAUGAAGUAUACCUGAUCGAUCGCCUGGACAAUGCGGCGCGAGAGAAAAUGCGACAUUUACGCUGUUUAUGCUUCGUGCGCCCGUCUCCGACUUCUAUCCAGUUCCUCAUUGACGAGCUUCGCGAUCCUAAAUAUGGAGAAUAUCACAUCUACCUUAGCAAUAUCAUUCGCAAGUCGUCGCUGGAGCGCCUCGCCGAAGCAGAUGGGCACGAGGUCGUUCGCGUGGUUCAGGAGCAUUUUGCCGACUUCUUGGUCAUUAACCCUGAUCUGUGUUCUUUGAACCUCGGGUUCCCCUAUCAACGAUUAUGGAGCCAUUCGCCGGACCUGUGGAAUGCGGACGCUCUACAACGAGCAACAGAAGGCGUUCUUGCAAUUCUGCUGGCUUUGAAGAAAAACCCAUUGAUCCGCUAUGAGAAGAACAGCUUGCUGGCUAAGAAAUUAGCUACAGAGGUUCGCUAUCAGGUGACCCAGGAGGAGCAGCUCUUCAAUUUCAGAAAAACCGACACCCCGCCAAUCUUGCUCAUACUGGAUCGCAGAGACGACCCCAUCACGCCCUUAUUGACCCAGUGGACAUACCAGGCGAUGGUUCAUGAGCUAUUGGGAGUCAACAACGGGAGAGUAGAUCUGCGCGAUGUGCCCGACAUCCGGCCUGAGCUUCGUGAGAUAGUCCUAUCGCAAGACCAGGAUCCCUUCUUCAAGAAGAACAUGUACCAAAACUUCGGCGAUCUGGGCCAGAACAUCAAGGAAUACGUCGAACAGUAUCAGGUGAAGACGCAAAACACCAUGAACAUUGAGUCCAUUGCCGACAUGAAGCGCUUCGUGGAAGAUUACCCGGAAUUCCGCAAGCUCUCGGGAAAUGUCAGCAAGCAUGUCACUCUGGUUGGCGAGCUUAGCCGGCGAGUCGGCGAAGACAACCUUCUCGAUGUCAGUGAGUUGGAGCAGAGCUUGGCCUGCAAUGAUAACCACGCAAAUGACCUCAAGGCUUUACAAAGAAUCAUCCAGUUACCCACGGUACCCGCGGAGAACAAGAUUCGACUGGUAGCCCUGUAUGCUCUCCGAUAUGAAAAACAGCCAUCCAAUGCUCUUCCAGUCCUGCUUGAUCUCUUAGUCACGGCAGGUGACGUCCCAUCGUACAAAGUCAAUAUUAUUCCUAAACUCCUUGCUUAUCACCACUCAUUGCAAGCACCCCCAGUUGCAGGUGGCUUCACCGAUCUCUUUGAAUCAGCAUCGUUGUUCUCGGGCGCUCGAGACCGCUUUAAGGGCCUGAAAGGCGUCGAGAAUGUCUAUACCCAACACUCACCGCGAUUGGAGGCGACACUGCAAAACCUCAUCAAGGGCAAGUUGAAGGAAUUGCAAUACCCCUUCCUGGAAGGUAGUGGCCAUAUCCGGGAUAAACCACAAGAUAUCAUAAUCUUCAUGGUCGGCGGCGUGACUUACGAGGAAGCGAAAAUGGUUGCCCAGGUCAAUGCCAGCUCCCCCGGAGUGCGCGUGGUAUUAGGCGGAACGAGCAUCCACAACAGUACAUCCUUCCUGGAAGAAGUAGAUGAUGCUGUGAGCGGUUGGCCGGAACCUGGGCCCUCUACAGCCGCUGGACGGCUUCGAAGGGAGAUCGGACGGUAG